UAUAAGCUUUCAAUGGAGACUGACGUUAUAGUUGUCUGUACUUCGAAAGCUCGUAUCACAAGGUUCGACAGGCGUUAUGAUAACGUUUGUUUAUUUAAUGUGUGUUCAGUGAUUAUUAAUUAGUGUGUGACUUGUGAUGGAACAGUGUGGAUUUCAUUGAAGAGGAUGUUUCUUUUAUACGCCAUACUAAGCUUACUGCAUAUAAAAGAAUCUCUAUUACUGAGGAUAGUUCAUGUGACGGUCCCUUCCUAUCGAAUAAGAGGCCAACCAGCCCAGUUGGAAUGCCAGUACGAGUUAGGCGGCGACACGCUCUACUCAGUGAAAUGGUACAGAGAUAACGAAGAGUUUUAUCGCUACAUGCCGAAAUACGACCCUCCUAAACACGCUUACAAACUUGACGGUGUAAAAGUCGAGCUAUCGAAAUCGGAUGACAGAAGAGUGAUGCUGCACCCAGUUACUUUGAAAUCUUCAGGUCAAUACCGAUGUGAGGUGUCAGCUGAAGCGCCUAGUUUUGCGUCAGCUGCUGGUGAAGGCAGAAUGGAAGUCAUUUAUCUACCACGGGAAGGGCCCAGGAUAACAGGCAACGAGCAAGAAAACAGACGGGGAGAUUCUUUAUUCCUCAACUGUACUUCUGGCCGGUCGUACCCCGCAGCUAUUUUGAGUUGGGACAUUGAUGGUGAGAAGGUGGUUGACCCGAGGCUGCUAGUAGAAUAUCCACCAGUGCAUCACGCACACGGGCUUCUAUCAUCAGCUCUUGGGUUGCGAGUGCCAGCUGGUCGUACAAUGCAAGUGAGAUGUACUGCAAGAGUCGCUCCCGCAUGGCGAGAGGGCAGUGAAGCUAUCGUAGGCAACAGCCAGCUGGCGGAUAGUAAAGAAGCCAUGUUAUUAGUACGGAGCUUGAGCGCGACGCCUACAUUAAGUUUAAUGUUGUUAACACUUUCUCUUCUCCAACUUUUCCACUCUUCAACGCCAUUAAUUACGUGAUAAUUAAUAAUUUACUGAUUAAUCAUUUUUCAUAGCCGAAAUUGUAAUUUUUUUCUCAUUCUACGACAAAGAAAUUUUCCAGCACAAUUUCUGUAAGUAUCUAUAAUAUUAGAUCCUCGAUUUCAGCUGUUAAGUAGGUACUUGAUUAUGUUAUUUUUUUAACUUCAUUGCCCCUCCGUUGAAUCUAACAUUAAGUUACAAAAAUUAUAAGCUAAAUUGUAUUAGUUAUACCAAAAUUUUACAAAGUAACCAUUAAACCCACCAAAUAAAACUUUAAUAUUAUUUUGUAGAUUUUUUCGUUAAGCAUUCUUAACUUAUUAACAAUACCUAUAGAUUAAAAUUAUAAUUAUUAAACAUUGUUAGACUAUGAUAUGGAUAUGUUUUGAUUUGAAGGUGAAGAAUAGACAUAUCAUCCGUAAUUGAGGUUUGAUUGCAAAUUUUUUUUCAAUACAAAAAGAAAAGACAUUGUUUUAAUAUUUUACAAACCAAUCAAAUUAUAGUCACAGAAUAGAUACCUAUUAAGUUUAUUGAAAUUCAGAGGCAAAAUGUAACUUUUCAAGCAUUAGCUGUGCUGUGAACUUUAACUUUCAAAUCAUGACGUUUUCCCGAAAGUUAAUAUCAGUACUAAAUGAAUGAUUCAUGAGCUUGAAAAGUGUCAGUAAAACCUCUGGAUAGUCAAAAUAUGAAGAUUUGAACAGUUUUUGCAUUGUCACAACUCACAAAUAUAUCGUGCAGCCGGUAACAUUAAAUUUUAACUGGUUUGAUCGAUGAUAGACUGUUACAGCUUGUUUAGGGUAAAUGUAAAUAGAGCAAUUAUUAUUUUACAUGUAUUCUUAAUAAUUGAACAGCAGAUUUAGUCAACAUCAAGGUAAAGCUACGUAUAAUCAUUAUCUGGACAUAAGUUUAGGGUUGGACGCCCAUUGGCUACGAAAAGUUUAGCUGUGAAUAGCCAAAGUUCUUCCGUUCGGACCGAGCCGCCCUCAGCGUUUUGAUGAAACCUAAGCUGCUACAAGUUAGAUAAGGAGAAGUAUGCUCGAUUUAACAGAUACAUUCCUCUAUAAUUCGGACGUUUUUGGCCCACAAAUCUGCCUUCAUUUACAAGCAAAACAGCCUAAAACUAUACUGAAAUUCGGUCCAAAGUUCAUGACUUUAAUCACUGAAAGCAAAUUUAAACUCAUUCUGUGCUAAUUCGAGUUAAAAUGCUUGUGAUUUCGAUCAGAAUGACAUAAUCACAGUACAGUAGCUUACAUUCAGUUUUUUGCUAAUGUCCUCUAAUGUUGACUAAGUUUGCUGUACAAAAUAAUAUAAGGGCCACCGUAGACGAUAAUCCGCGUUACGUCUAAAUCUAAAACUGAGUGACAAACGUCGUAUAUGGAGAAGACAGGU